CGUCCCACGUGACCCAAAGGGGGCAUGGCCAACGGCCACGGCUCCCGUCGCGGCAAGAUGGCGGCGGGCGGCCUUGGCGUGAGGAGUAGCAGAGAACUGUGGACAAUUCUACUUGGAAGAUCAGCUUUAAGGGAACUGAAUCAGAUUGAGGCAGAAUUGAAUAAACACUGGCAGCGGCUGCUCGAAGGGCUUUCCUACUACAAACCUCCCAGUCCAAGUUCAGAAGAAAAAGUGAAAGCUAAUAAAGACGUUGCCCCCCCACUGAAAGAACUGGGCCUGAGGAUCAGCAAGUUUUUGGGGCUGGAUGAAGAGCAGAGUGUGCAGUUGCUCCAGUGUUUUCUUCAAGAGGAUUACAGGGGCACCCGGGACUCACUGAAGACAGUCCUCCAAGAUGAGAGACAAAGCCAGGCUCUGAUCCUGAAGAUUGCAGAUUAUUAUUAUGAGGAAAGGACCUGUAUUCUGCGCUGUGUCCUGCAUCUACUCACGUACUUCCAGGAUGAGAGGCACCCUUACAGAGUGGAGUACUCCGAGUGUGUUGAUAAGCUGGAGAAGGAACUGGUUUUAAAAUACCGACAGCAGUUUGAAGAGCUAUACAGAACCGAAGCGCCAACAUGGGAGACCCAUGGAAAUCUCAUGACGGAGCGCCAGGUGUCCCGCUGGUUUGUCCAGUGCCUGCGCGAGCAGUCGAUGCUCCUGGAAAUCAUCUUCCUGUACUACGCCUACUUUGAGAUGAUGCCCGCUGACCUUCUGGUGUUAACCAAGAUGUUUAAAGAGCAAGGGUUUGGCUGCAGGCAGACCAACCGGCACCUGGUAGAUGAGAGCAUGGACCCUUUUGUGGAACGGAUUGGCUACUUCAGUGCUCUGAUCCUGGUGGAGGGCAUGGAUAUAGAUUCCUUACACAAGUGCGCUUUGGACGAUAGGAUGGAGCUGCAUCAGUUUGCCCAGGAUGGGCUCGUCUGUCAGGAUAUGGAUCGUCUGAUGCUGACCUUCGGGGACAUAUCUCAUCAAGCCCCUGGGCUCUUGGCCUGGGCUCUGCUCCGCCACACCCUCAAUCCCGAAGAGACAAGCAGCGCCAUCAGACGCAUGGGCAGCACGGCCAUCCAGCUCAAUGUCUUCCAGUACCUCACCCGGCUCCUUCGGUCUCUGGCCAGCGGAGGGAAUAACUGUACAAACAGCACUGCAUGUAUGUGUGUCUAUGGGCUGCUUUCUUUCGUUCUGACCUCUUUGGAGUUGCACACCCUGGGGAAUCAGCAAGAUGUUAUUGACACAGCCUGCGAAGUUCUAGCAGACCCUUCUCUUCCAGAACUCUUCUGGGGAACGGAGCCGUCUUCCGGGUUGGGCAUCAUCCUGGACAGUGUGUGUGGGAUGUUCCCCCACCUCCUCUCACCCCUCCUGCAGCUGCUCCGCGCUCUCGUGUCCGGGAAAUCAACAGCCAAAAAGGUGUACAGUUUCCUGGAUAAGAUGUCUUUCUACAACGAGCUUUAUAAGCACAGGCCUCAUGACGUGAUCUCUCAUGAGGAUGGGACCCUCUGGCGCAGGCAGACCCCCAAACUGCUCUACCCUCUUGGCGGUCAGACCAACCUGCGCAUCCCUCAGGGCACAGUGGGCCAGGUGAUGGUGGAUGACCGGGCUUACCUGGUACGCUGGGAGUACUCCUAUAGCAGCUGGACCCUGUUCACCUGUGAGAUCGAGAUGCUGCUGCACGUCGUGUCCACCGCAGAUGUGAUCCAGCACUGCCAGCGGGUCAAACCCAUCAUUGACCUGGUUCACAAGGUCAUCGCCACCGACCUGUCGAUAGCAGAUUGUCUCCUGCCAAUCACUUCGCGGAUCUACAUGCUGCUGCAGAGAUUAACAACAGUGAUCUCUCCCCCCGUGGAUGUCAUCGCUUCCUGCGUCAAUUGCUUGACCGUUUUGGCGGCCCGGAAUCCGGCAAAGGUCUGGACCGAUCUCCGUCACACGGGAUUCUUGCCGUUCGUUGCCCACCCGGUGUCCAGCAUGAGUCAGAUGAUUAGUGCUGAGGGCAUGAAUGCCGGAGGGUAUGGAAACCUCCUGAUGAACAGCGAGCAGCCCCAGGGAGAAUAUGGGGUCACCAUCGCCUUUCUGCGUUUGAUCACUACCCUGGUCAAGGGGCAGCUUGGGAGCACCCAGAGCCAGGGGCUGGCACCGUGCAUCAUGUUCGUGCUGAAGGAGAUGCUGCCCAGUUACCACAAGUGGCGAUACAAUUCUCACGGAGUGAGAGAGCAGAUAGGUUGCCUGAUCCUGGAGCUGAUCCAUGCCAUCCUGAACCUGUGUCAUGAGAUGGACCCACACAGCAGCCACACCCCGAGCCUGCAGUCCCUGUGCAUUUGCAGCUUGGCCAAUACAGAAGCCGGCCAGGCGGUCAUCAAUAUCAUGGGCAUUGGCGUGGACACCAUUGACAUGGUGAUGGCAGCUCAGCCCAGGAGCGACGGGGUAGAGGGCCAGGGGCAGGGCCAGUUGCUCAUCAAGACUGUGAAACUGGCCUUCUCAGUCACCAACAACGUCAUCCGACUGAAACCUCCGUCCAACGUGGUGUCCCCCCUGGAACAAGCGCUCACUCAGCAUGGUGCUCAUGGAAACAACCUCAUCGCUGUGCUGGCCAAGUAUAUCUACCACAAGCACGACCCUGCUCUGCCCCGCCUUGCCAUCCAGCUGCUGAAACGCCUGGCCACGGUCGCCCCAAUGUCCGUCUACGCCUGCCUGGGCAGCGAUGCGGCCGCCAUCCGGGACGCCUUCCUGACCCGCCUGCAGAGCAAGAUCGAGGACAUGCGGAUCAAGGUCAUGAUUCUGGAGUUCCUCACCGUGGCCGUGGAAACUCAACCUGGCCUGAUUGAGCUGUUCCUGAACCUCGAGGUGAAGGACGGGAGUGACGGCUCCAAGGAAUUCAGCCUUGGGGAAUGGAGCUGCCUGCAGGUAGUGCUGGAGCUGAUGGACUCAAAGCAGCAGGACCGUUACUGGUGCCCGCCCCUGUUGCACCGUGCUGCCAUCGCCUUCCUGCAUGCCCUGUGGCAGGACCGGCGGGACAGUGCCAUGCUAGUUCUCAGGACCAAGCCCCAGUUUUGGGAGAAUUUAACCAGCCCCCUCUUCGGGACUCUUUCUCCUCCCUCGGAAACGUCAGAGCCCAGUGUCCUGGAGACCUGCGCCUUAGUCAUGAAAAUCAUUUGCCUGGAGAUCUACUAUGUGGUCAAGGGCUCCCUGGACAAGUCCCUGAAGGACAUGCUGAAAAAGUUCUCCAGCGAGAAUCGCUUUGCCUACUGGUCGGGGUACGUCAAGUCCCUGGCCACGCACAUGGCCGAGUCGCAGGGCGGCGGCUGCACCUCCCUGGUGGAGCACCAGAUGCUCAUCUCGGCCUGGCGGAUGCUGCUGAUUAUCGCCACCAGUCACGCAGAUAUCAUGCACCUGGCCGACCCGCUCGUUCGCCGCCAGCUGUUCCUGGAAGUGCUCGAUGGGACCAAAGCGUUGCUAUCGGUCCCGACGUCAGUGAACUGUUUGCGGCUGGGGUCCAUGCUGUGUACCUUGCUGCUCAUCUUGCUCCGGCAGUGGAAGAGAGAGUUGGGUUCUGUGGAAGAAAUCCUCAGCUCCUUGGUGGAGAUUCUGGAGGGCGUUCUGCAGGCGGAUCAGCAGCUGAUGGAGAAAGCCAAGGCCAAGGUGUUCUCGGCUCUUAUCACCAUCCUGCAGAUGAAGGAGAUGAAAGUGAGCGAGAUCCCCCAGUACUCCCAGCUGGUGCUCAGCGUCUGCGAGACCCUGCAGGACGAGGUGAUUGCGCUCUUCGACCAGACUCGCCACAGCCUGGCAUCCGGAGGGCCCCUCGAGGACAAGGACAGCAUGGAAACGGACGACUGCUCCCGGGUCCGGCACAAAGACCAGCGGGACGGGGUGUGCGUCCUGGGCCUGCACCUGGCCAAGGAACUGUGCCAAGUGGAUGAGGACGGGGACUCCUGGCUGCAGGGUACACGCAGAAUCCCCAUCCUGCCUACAGUGUUCACCACCCUGGAGGUGAGCCUUCGCGUGAAGCAGAACCUGCACUUCACCGAAGCCUCCCUGCACCUGCUGCUCACCUUGGCCCGCACUCAGCAGGGGGCUGCAGCUUUGGCGGGCGCUGGCAUCCCCCAGAGCAUCUGCCUGCCCCUCCUGAGCGUGUACCAGCUCAGCACCAACGGAUCCGGCCAGACCGCCAGCUCCUUACGCAAGACCCUGGACGCCCCAUCCUGGCCCGGAGUCUACCGCCUGUCCAUGUCCCUGAUGGAACGCCUGCUCAAGACUCUCCGCUACAACUUCCUGACCGAGGCCCUGGACUUCGUGGGCGUCCACCAGGAGCGGAUCCUGCAGUGCCUCAAUGCCGUGAGGACGGUGCAGAGCCUGGCUUGCCUGGAGGAGGCCGACCACACUGUGGGCUUCAUCCUGCAGCUGUCCAACUUCAUGAAGGAGUGGCAGUUCCACCUGCCGCAGCUCCUCAGGGACAUCCAGGUGAAUCUGUGUUACCUGUGCCAGGCCUGCACCUCCCUCCUGCACAGCCGCAAGAUGCUGCAGCACUAUUUACAGAACAAAAAUGGUGACACCAUCCCCUCAGCGGUCACUCCCCGGGUCCAGCGGCCCUCGCAAGCCUCCUCCAAGCAGCCCAACCCAGACGCGGAGGCUGGGGAGCAGAGAGCCCUGCGACUGGUCCAGUACAGCCUCCUCAAGAUCCUCAGCAAGACCCUGGCCGCCCUGCGCCACUUCACGCCCGACGUCUGCCAGAUCCUUCUGGACCAGUCCCUGGACCUUGCAGAAUACAACAUCCUCUUUGUGCUGAGCUUCACCACCCCGGCCUUUGACUCGGACGUGGCCCCGUCCUUCGGCACCCUCUUGGCAACGGUCAACGUGGCUCUCAAUAUGCUGGGAGAGCUGGACAAGAAGAAGGAGCCUCUGCCCCAGACCGUGGGCCUCCCCACCCAAGCGGAAGGGACCAGGACGCUGAAGUCCCUCCUCCUGUUUACCAUGGAAAACUGUUUCUACCUGCUGAUCUCCCAGGCAGUACGCUGCCUCAGGGACCCGGCCGUGCACCCCCGUGACAAGCAGCGUAUGAAGCAGGAGCUCAGCUCAGAGCUGAGCACCCUCCUCUCCAGCCUCUCCCGCUACUUCCGCCGAGGAACCCCCGCUUCACCUGCUGCCGGGGUCCUCCCUUCUCCUCAGGGCAAGUCAUCUUCAGUCUCCAAAACAGGCCUGGACAGCCAGGAGCCCCUCAUCCAGCUGGUGCAGGCCUUCGUCCGACACGUACAGAGAUAAGAGAGCACCCAGCCCUCCUCCUCUCCCUCCUCCUCCUCCUCCUCCUCCCCCCCCGACCCCACCCUCCCUCCAGCGGCACCGGCUCCGCGGAGCCCGGUCGGCUCCCGGCCCCGCCGAGAGCGGCCGGUCGGUCCAGCCCGCGGUCACGUCGGAGAGCAGCUGAAGGGCCCCCCCGAGAACAGAGCCUUAUUUUUGUAUCUUGCACCGGAGGGAGGAAGGGAAGGAAGAGAAGAGGGAGAGGUCAGUCUUUUUCUGAGAAACUCGUAUAAAUUCCCUCUUCCUAAGAACCUCUCCCACAGCGUCUGGGAGAGCUGCAGCUGGGGCUCCUUCCCGGGUUUGGGGCGCCGCUCCCCCACCCCACCCCAAUUCACCACGAGGCAUGCGUGACUGUUGUGUACAUUUCUGGACGUGAGGCUGCGUAUGUGGAUCAAGUGUUUCCAUGCUGGUCUUCGGUUUUUUUGUACCUGUGCCCUAUUUAUACGGAUAUUAAAACUGUGUUUCUAGA